AUGGAGCCAUCACCGGAGCCUCCUCGGUCAGCCAUGGAGUCUGCCUCUGCGUCGGCCUGUGCGUCGGCCUCGACAUAUGCGACCACGGUCGACGCGCCGCCUGAAUCCUCUAUCGCCACGGCUCAUCUGGCACGCUUUGAAUUUAGCGACUUGGGCACCAAGAUCCUCAUGGUUGAGUGGCAUCCCGGUGCCGCCGCCGCCGCCUCCUCAUCGCCCUCCGCGCACUCGUCCACUGGUGCUGAUCAUAAUACUGAAACCGAUACUACUGUUGCUGCUGAUGCUAACCCCACUACCGGCGGCACUCUCGCCGUCACACAUGCACCCUCCACACCCUUGGCCCCUAAGCCUGCUCCAAACACAGAUGCCGCUCCCAUACCCGGUGCCCAGGCUAUCAAGAACCGUGAUUCAGUUUCGGCUGCAGAUGCCACUGUCUGGGAAGUUUCCUGGCCAGGAAAGUCGACGUUUCUUCCGGCCAGAGACACCGACCAAGAUGAAGUGGGGACUCGCCGCCGUGUGUACUUCCUCCUGCCACCAGAAGCAUCUAUUCCCACAAACGUCACGAUCACGCCCCCAGGUCAACCGAGCAUCCUGGUCAAACCUCUCCCUGCCAUUUUCCCUCCUGGAUUCAAUGUUGAGUCUGGCACUCGCGGCGUCUUGCAUACACUAUGGGCAAAGAAGCGCUUGUCGGAGCUCCAGUGCGAGAUGGAUGCUGAGAUGCGAGCUAACGCGGAAAGUGUUGGCUUAGAAAUGGCUCUGACUGAGAAGCAAUGGAUCAUUGACAAUUUUCUUCCUCCUCCAUCCUCACCCGCACCUAUGUCUCCUAGGUCGUCUGUCCCCGGCCGGCUGGGAGAUAAGCUUAAAGGGCUUCGGCUGGCUACUUCGCCUGAAGAUCUAAUGCCCAGUGCCACAGCAAACACGUUUACCGGUGCCGACGUUCCGUCACAAACAUUAUCGCCAUCGGGCGGUGAUAUUGCUGUAUCUUCAUUCUCCGCCAUUUCUCGUGGCAACGGCCUCACACAAGCCAUGUCAUUAAACGCGGCCAUACAGGGGGACACGCCAGCAAUUGAUCUGAGCUCUCGUGACGACGACGACGAUCUGUUCGCCCUUCCGCUUAGUCCGCGGAGCCCCGAAAUGAAAAGGAGCCCAUUCAGUGCUCUUUCAUGA